UUCUUUCCACCAACUCUGCUGCUCUUCAGGAGUCGAGGGAGGGGAGGGGACGGAGGCAGACGUUGAGCAGAGCAGGCCAAGCUCGAGAAACUCGAGGGCUCGCGGGGGCGGAUCGAUCAUGGUCUUAAGACGAGCAAGAAAAGUCUCGUGCCGUGAGCAGAGUGAUCAGAAGCAGUAGCACCAGUGGCGCGAGUGGCGACGGGAUUGAUUGGUCGACUGGUCGACAGUCUCCGACUUCGAUCUGGUGAUCGAUGUUGGUUUGAUUUGGGUCUCGAUUUGGUUGCGUAGGAAGGAGGAAAACAGGGUUUCUGGGCGGACGAGGCACGAGCAGCAGCGGGGAAUAUCUCUUCGUCGUCGUCAUCAUCAUCAUCGCGGUGAAGAUGGUGGUCCCGCUGUCGUUGAUCCGGCGGUCGUGUGUGUCGUCGUCGGUCGGCGCCGGGCGAAAUUGCACACAGCAGCUGCGCUCUCUCUCGACCACUGUGUCCACGAAUGCAAGUGCCCCAGCCGGAGAAGCUGCCCCCGUUGCUGCUGCUGCUGCGAAAAAGUCUCGCGGCGGUGGCCUGUUGUUGUUGCUGGUGGGCGCCGGAGCUGCCGCGGGAGUCGGGGUCUGGGCAUAUCCGCAGCUGGUGACUUCUCCUCCCGCUACGCAUCCCGCUCCUCUUCCUUCCCCACCUACGAAUCCACCCGUCGUCCCUGCAGCUGCCACGGCCGCUUCCCCUGCGCUCGACGCCGAUCCUCCUGCUCCCAAGCCCAAGUCCUUAUCUCCUCGUGAGGAGUUGGAUCAGCGAGUUUCGAUUUUGAAAGAUGAACUGACGGCCCUUCGAAAGCAAAAGAGAAGCAAGCUCGUGGACAUGAAGAAACGAUCGAUCAAGGACGAAAUUCGGAUGAUUGAGACAGGGAUCGCGAAGAUUGAGAAGGCCUAGACCGCCUCAUUUUAUGCUCUUUAGUAAGCAUCGACGGAUUUGGGGGGUUUUGAAACCUACGUUUGCGUGAUCACCUACGACGUGGAAUUUCAUUUUUCAGCGCUCAGAGAGCAGUCUUUGUGUAUAUGUUUGUGUAAAUGGAGCAUCAAUGUAAUCGACUGAAGGAUUCUGGCAGAUACGUAGACGUUUGGGUUCAAUUUUCCAGCUCGAAUCACUGAACCCGAGAGUUCUGUAAAAAGUUGAACGAUUGUCCAUGCAGGAAGGUUCUUCAUAGAAUCAGUUUGAACUCGUCAGCCUGGGCCUGAUACGAUGGGAAUCUCCCGAAUGAUAUCUCUGGAGCUGCCGUGCGGCUCGAAAACAAUUGCGUUUGUACAUUCCUAGUUAUGUGUGGAGAUUAUUCUUUUCUAUCCCAGACGCAUCUACCUAUGAAGCUCAGUUCCGUGUCUAUGCAAGAACAUAUGUCUCAGGUCUCUUGCCACUGGAACGGAUAUGGUUUCAUAACACCCGCUCCAGUAAUGCACGUGAAUUUCAUCACUUUAUGCUCAAGUCUCCGAAUUUCUGUGCACCAGUACAAUGAAUAAAAGGAUCAGUGCAUCUGGGCCAAAGAAAGCCCGAAUCGGGGAUCAGUGGCUCAUUGGUUUGUGUU